AUGCUGCCUCUUCCUCCUCCGCCACCAACUCCAGACUUGAAGAAGCACAUUCACAACAGGAUUUCCAAUUCCCUAAUCCCCUGGCAACGCUCUUUCGAUUUCUGGCUUCGCACCGCCCGUAUCUACGCUGGCUACAAGGUUUUCCAAGUCCGAGUGAGCUUCGUCAAGGAUGUCCACCUCCAGGAAGCAAUGUGGGAGCGCCAGCACCAGCUUGCCGCUGACAAUAUCUACUCCUUGUGCUCUGAUCUCGGUGGCUUCUUCCUCAAGGUCGCUCAAAUCAUCGGGAAGCCUGACCUGGCUCCCACUGCAUGGGUCCGGAGGCUUGUUACUUUGUGUGACCAGGCUCCUGCUACUCCCUUCCCCACUGUCCGACUUGUUCUCGAGAAUGAAUUAGGUCUUGGUUUAGAUGAUGUUUUCGAUCGAUUCGACCCCCAACCCCUUGGCUCUGCUUCCAUUGCCCAGGUUCAUCGGGCGAGAUUGAAAGGUCAUAAUACUGAUGUCGUCGUCAAGGUGCAACAUCCUGGUAUUGAGAAGCUGAUGAUGACGGACAUCCGUAACUUGCAAGCAUUUGCUUACUACAUGCAGAAGACUGAUAUCAAGUUUGAUUUAUACUCCAUCACUAAAGAGAUGGAGAAGCAGAUUGGAUAUGAAUUUGACUUCACAAGAGAGGCUGAUGCUAUGCAUAGAAUCCGCUGCUUUCUAUACGCGAAUAACAAGAAGUCCCCUGUUUUGGUGCCCCGUGUGCUGAAGGAUAUUGUUACCAGGAGGGUCUUGGUAAUGGAAUACAUUGACGGGGUCCCAAUUUUAAAUCUUGGAGAAGAGAUAGCCAAAAGAGGAAUAAAUCCCGGUGGUAAGAUAGCAGCAGCUGCAAAGCAGAAAAUACUUAACAGCUUAACUCUCGCGUACGGGCAGAUGAUAUUUAAGAGUGGUUUCUUCCAUGCAGAUCCCCAUCCAGGAAACAUUUUGAUAUGUAAAGGGUCAGAGGUUGCGUUACUAGACUAUGGGCAAGUGAAGGACCUCCCCGCUAAUUUGAGGUUUGGAUAUGCUGAAUUGGUACUUGCUAUGGCUGAUAAUGAUCCAAUAGGUGCAACAAAGAGCUUCAAGGAUCUCGGCAUCAAGACCUUAAGCAAAUGUGACAAAAACGAAGAUCAGGAAAUGCUUAAGUUGGCACAAACAAUGUUCGAUACAGGAUUACCCCCUGGGGUAACAACUUUGCAGCCUUUCUCUGAGGGAUCUUCACUAGAGAAGUUCUCGGUCGAGGGCUUCCCAGAGGAGCUAUUUUCGAUACUUAGGACAGUACAUCUUCUGAGAGGCCUCAGUGUUGGUCUUGGGCUUAAUUACUCGUGUGCAAAACAGUGGAGACCCAUUGCAGAAGAAACUUUGCAUCGGGCUGGCAGAUUGAAAGACUUCUAUUUGCUUUUGAAUUGCAUUGAAAUUUUCCUGAACUGUGGUGAUUCCAGAUACAGACCGGAGAGCUCCAGUUCGAAAACACGGAUUCUUCAAGAGAUUAUUCCGCAGGAAAUAAUGAAUUUAGGUGUUGAGAAAGACAGGGAACAUGGCAUUUUCUAA